AUGUCAGCAGCGACAAUGAAUGAUAGUCACCAAAUUGUUGACCCAGAGAUUGUAAAUGAAACAACAGAAGAUGAUGGGAAUGAAUUGAAACCAAAAUAUGAAGAGUUAGAUGACGAAAUGAAGGAAAAUUUUAAGAUUAUGGAAAAUUAUUUAAGGGUAAAUAAAUGUUACCAAAAAAAAGGUCUUAAAAAUAACAUUUAUAAUGACAACAAUAAUAAUGAAAAUAAUCAUGAAGUAGAAAAUGUUUGUGAUAACGAUGGUGAGGAUAAUGAUGAUGACGUAGAUUAUAUUUCUGAUGAGAAAGCAGGCAUGGGGAAUAUGCAAUUGAAAACGUUAACUCAUGCGGAUGGUACAACGUCGACCUAUUUUGAUAAACGAAAAUUGAAAAUUGCUCCAAGAUCAACUUUGCAGUUUAAAGUGGGUCCAUCUUUUGAGCUUAUUGGUAACUAUAAUGAGGUAUUUGACUUGAAGAAUUCAAGCAAAAAAAUAAAUUUCCAAUUAAUUCCAAGAAUUGACAGAGGGUUUGAUUAUAUUGAAGAAGAAUGGGUUGGUUAUAAAAGAAAUUAUUUUACCUUAGUUUCAUCAUUUGAUAUGGAUGGGAAAGAUUUUAAUCAGGUAUUGAAAAGUUCUUAUUUAUUAAAAUUAUAUCAAGAUGGAACAAACAAUAACAUUUUUAGAAAAAUAAAAUAUUUUGCUAUUAAAAUUAAAGCAAUGAGUGAUGAAGAUUUUAGUGAGAUAAAUUUAAUUCAGCAUACUGCAAAACGUGAUAAAGGUCCACAAUCUUCUCCACAACUUUGCCCAGUUAUACCUUCUCCAUUGCCAAAGCAUCAGAUUAUAAGAGAAGCGUCAAAUGUAAGAAAUAUAGCCAAGAAAAAAAAAUAUGAUUCAACAUUCUACUUUCAUAGAGAACAAAAUCUUGAUGGAUUCGAUAUUGAAUCCUUAGUUAAUUCAUAUCCUAAUGACUGUAUUCAAAAGGUUGCAAGAUUCGAAAGGAUUCAGUUUGCUUCUUCAAUAAAUGUUAAAAACCCACCUCAAAAGAAUAAAUAUUUUAGACUCCAUGUGAUUUUAGGGGCAGUAAUCGAUGGUUGCGAGUUUCCAAGUGAUUCUCAAUAUUAUUCUAAUUAUGAAAAUAUUGGGAUGAAUAAUGGUUCAAUUGAAUGUUUUGUGCCUUUGCAAGAAAUGAGAACGCCGCAAUUAAUCAUAAGAGGUAGAUCGCCUUCAAAUUACACUUCUUACAACAAAACUAAUACAGUAAAGGAAAAAUUACAAAGCCAAAACCUAAGCCAACUAAUAAUUCAAAAGAAGGUUUUGAAUAAAAUUUCUAAAUCAACUAUUGAAAAUAAUGAAAAUAUACAAAAAAAUAACUUGCAUUUUAAACCAUUGAUUGAUAAUGAAGUUGAUAACAAAGAAAACAUCGCUCCCUAUUUUGAAACUAAAAUUAAUUGUCAAGAAUUUAAACCUAGAUCCAACAAGCGUGUCAUCACAUUGGGUCAAAUUGAAGAAAUUAUUCUUCAAGAAAAUGCAGCUACAAUGAAGAAUAGUACGGAGAAUACUUUAAAUUAUUUGAAUAAAAAACUUCAGCAGCCUGAACUUGACCUCCCACGCCCAGUAUAUUCUAGGCAUUAUUCAAUUGAUCCAAGAGAUAUUGAUUUAAAAUUUGAGGACAUGAAUGUACAAGAAGAUAAUUACAUUGUCGGUUCCUUAAUAAUGCACAAUGUUCAACUUCCCAAUACCAUUAGAGAUGGCACAGAAAUUACUGACGCAAAUACGAUAAGAACAAUUUUGACAACACCAUGCACUACGGCUACUAUUGCUGCAACAAGAUCAGUUCCCAUGAGAAUUGGUACAAGUUUAUCUACAAAUGUUAAGAAGACGGCAUAUCAUCUGUCAAACAAUUUUGAUACACUAAAUAGCAGUUUUGAUUUUGAGUCAUCAUCUAAUGAUAAUUAUGGUGAUAAAUCGACAUUAUCGUAUUCGGAGCAUAUUAAUAAUAUUAAUGCAGGUAAUUUAUCUAAUUUGAGAAGUUUAGAAAACAUUCCAAGAUUAUUUAACAAGGGAAAGACAGAAAAAUCCUUUACCUCUUUACAGAAUGAUAAGAUUCUCAAAUAUGCUGAAAAUAGCGCUUCGUCCACAACGCAUAAUCUAAAAUUAAACAACAGUGUUACAUUAAAAUCGAAACUUCCCUCGCAGUUGAACGACACCAGAGAGUUAUAUUCAGAACCAAGCUUCUAUAAUCAUUAA